AAGAGUAGCGGCUGCCUUGGCAGCAGCUAAUGGGGAUCCAUCAUAAAUACAAAAAUACAAAAUCUGUUCCUCUUCAUCAGACAGCAGUUUGUUGUGUUCACCAGAGGCUCCGCUGUGCUUACAUCCUGGAUAGAAUCAGGCCAUUGGCUGCCUUCAUCACGAAGGAAGUGAUGGGCAGUCAAGAGCAUCAGCUGAGAAAGAGAGGAGAGUUUAUAGUGUGUGUUAGAGACGAGUGUGUAGUAUGUGUGCAUGAACUGUACUGACAUACUGGCGAGCCAAAGAACCGCAGCAGACAGACAGCCGGCCUGGAUAAACUCGACCAGAAUGGUCCCCAACCCUUCAGGAUAUAGGUCUGUGACUUCAGAGGAACACACAUAAACACAGACAAACAGAGAGAGGGAGAGAGCUCCCUAACCUCUCCGAAGAGGAUCACUGGGGACCAACACUGACACUCUCACUUUGACAUUAUCAUCGCUGUCGCCCUGGGUGGAUGAGCCGCCUGUCUGGACGCCUGCGGUCGGGGGGAGGGGGUAGGGUAGGGUGCGACGGCAGGGCCGUAGUGGAGGAGCAGGGGUGCGAGGGGUCGCGGGUGGCGUUUGAGGGGGAAAGGGCUGUAGGUGUACAGGAGGAGGUCACAGUGGAACCCAGCGCUGAGGCUGGAGCUCAGGAGACCCUUGAACUUUUACCCUCCCCCUCACCCCCCUCCCUGUCUAACGGUCUUCACCUGCACAGGAGGCCUGUCCUUGGAACACGCAGACGGAGGCAGACAGAGACACACACACUCAACGACGCUCCAACACACACACCUGGACAGACCUUCAUAGGCAUGCAGACACACAAGGACAUCCAAAUGCAGACACCUGCAGAGACGUGCAUGGACGCUCACACACACACAAGUGCUCACAGACAAAUGGAUGCUCACACACACUUGGACUCUGCCGGUCCAGAGCAGCCCAGAACUGACUCAUCACCAGAGACACACACCAGAUCACCUCAGCGACAGGUCCUCCUGCCUCUCAAUCAUUCAGCCUGCACCAAUCAGCAAGCUGCUUUCUCUCCCUGCAGCCCCGCUCCUUCACGCUCUGCAAACAGAGACAUGCCCCAAGCCAUUAGCCCUGCCCCUAAUAUUAGUUCAACACCUCUAGAUCUCUCUAAACCCUCAAGAGCUACUGGUCCAAAUCCUCCAGGCCUUUCUCCUAUCGGUCCAGCCUGUCCAGACCUUUCUACUAUUGGUCCAGCCCCUGUAGACCCCUCCCCUGUACCUGUCGAAGGUGAGAGAAAGUAUGCACUUCGUAGCUCCGGUCGACCUCGCUUUCCCUGCCAGCUACGCAAGUCUUCCCGCAUCCGCCGAUGCACUGAGGAUGGAGAGAGGAGGGGAGGGAGGGAGAGUGAGAGGGAGGAGGAAGAGGAAGAGGAGAAAGAGAGGGUGAGUGUACAUGUGAAGGUAGAGCGCCCCACAGUGGAGGAGUGUCUAUCUGCAGCCUUCAAGCCUGCAGCCUCCAAGCCUGCAGCCUCACCUGCACCAGUACCUGUAGCACCACUCCCCUCAACACACCCCUCAUCACGCCCCUCCUCUCACUCCGCCCCCCGGCCAUCGCCCAAACCCCAACAUAGAACUUCAACCAAACCCCAACCCAAAUCUUCAACCGUUGCCAAACCAAAAUCCCAACCCAGACCAUCAAUGAAAGCCUCACCCAAACCUUUGCCCAGAUCAGCUACCAAUCCCAGACCAGCAACCAAUCCCUUGCCUCGUCCAUUGACCAAUACAGUGCCCCGGCCGGUAGUGAAGAAGGAGGAGCCUGGUGAACUAGAUCCCCUCACCAAACGGAAACGCCGGUUUGUUGGUGUGAGGCGUAUCGUGGUGAAGGUAGCUCGUAUCCCAGUCAACCUCAGCCGACGCCAGAAGAGCUACAAGAUUUCCUCCAUGGAGACAGUUGAGAAGGGCGGGGCAGGUAGUGAUGGCAGGUUGGAAGGAGCCGAGGGGGGGACAGCGGUAGUCCGAGAGCCGACUGCGCUCCUCCGUAUGAAGAACAACGGGAAGAGUGUGAUGGUCAUGUUCCCGCCUGGAGAACUUCCUGUGAUCCUGAAACGUCGCCGUGGCCGACCUCCCAAACAGGUUGUACCUGGAACGCCGGAUAAAACCACCGGUGGGAAUGGUGAGCCCAAGAAACCUCGUCGGCGCCGGCGGGCCAAGCUCCCGUCUCCGCAACCGUCGUACGUGAAUGACACCAACGACGUGAAGACGGAGUACGGAGACGUUCUGUCCAAACUGGCAUUCCUCAACCGCCAACCGCCGGCCACUGGCCGCUGCUCCCCACCACGCUGCUGGACACCCAGCGAACCGGACAGCUUUCACACGCCGUCCGACAACCCUGGGAUCUCCGCCCUGCUCCACCGACUCACAGGGUUCAGACGCAGGGGAGGCAGGGGGGGAGGUGUUGGAGGCAGGGGAGGAGGAGCAGGGGGAGGAGCAGGAGGAGCCGGCGGAGAGGGCUUCAAGAGCUCCUUCAGUGACUUUUUUGAGACGAUCGGGAAGAAAAGGAAAGUGACCCCCGCUCUGUCAGAACCAGGGUUACUCAAGAAACGUGGGAAGGGUGGGGGAGGCAGGGGAGGAGGGGCUGCAGGGGGAGAUGGGGGUUGGGGGUGA